CUAUAUAUGCAUUUGUAGGGUUUAGCAGCUUGUUUUCUUGGUUUUGUUCUUCCUUGGCCCUCGAGCUUUGCUGUUGAAGUCAAGCGAUCAGCUGAAGAUGGCUAAUACGAACAGUAAGCACACUAUCAUCUUACUGCAAACAUCUCCCAACAGAGCGACGAGGACAUUUAUGGAUUACGGCUCUGUAAGCCAAGCUAUGGAUGGUAUUUGCGGUUUAUACGAAAGAAAACUCAAGGAAAUAAACCCAGCCCUCAGAAAUAUCUCAUAUGACAUUGCAGAUCUUUACAAUUUUAUUGAUGGUCUGGCUGACAUGAGCGCUUUGGUCUACGACCACUCGCGUCAAGCGUAUCUCCCAUACGACAGGCAGUGGAUCAAGCAGAAGACAUUUAACCACCUCAAGAGCCUUGCAAAUGGACCUCGUUAAAUGAACACACACACUCUAUUUGUCUAAGAUGGUUCAGAAGCCUCAUGAGAGCCUAACGGUAGCAGCCAUUCCUUGCUGGAGGAUUGGUUUUUCUUGUCGGAAAGCAUCCGAGCACACUCGGUCUAGAACCACGCACACCACAUUCUCAAUUUGUUGAUUUUGAUAUGGUAUUCUACCCUAUCUAUACAGAUUAUGCUGGGUUGUUUUUCA